AUGUUGGAUGAAAAUAACCAUCUUAUUCAGUGUAUAAUGGACUAUCAGAACAAAGGAAAGACAUCCGAAUGCUCUCAGUACCAACAGAUGCUGCAUACGAACUUGGUUUACUUGGCCACUAUAGCUGACUCCAACCAGAACAUGCAGUCGCUAUUACCAGCACCUCCCUCGCAGAACCUGCCCAUGGGCCCGGGCGCGCUGGGCCAGAGCGGCGCCGCGGCGGCCCCGCGCACCCACAGCCUGCCCUCGGACGGCCUGGUGGCCGGCGGCCCUCCCGCGCCCCACAUGCAGGGCCAGAUGAACGGCCAGAUGCCCGGCCCGAACCACAUGCCUAUGCAAGGACCUGGACCCAACCAGCUCAAUAUGACGAGCAGCUCCAUGAACAUGCCUGCCAGCAGCCACGGCUCCAUGGGCGGCUACAGCCACUCGGUGCCCUCCUCGCAGAGCGUGCCCGUGCAGAAUCAGAUGACCAUGAGCCAGGGGCAGCCCAUGGGCAACUAUGGUCCCAGACCAAACAUGAACAUGCAGCCAAACCAAGGUCCAAUGAUGCACCAGCAGCCUCCCUCCCAGCAAUAUAACAUGCCACAAGCAGGUGGCCAGCACUACCAGGGACAGCAGCCACCUAUGGGAAUGAUGGGCCAAGUUAACCAAGGAAACCACAUGAUGGGUCAGAGACAGAUCCCUCCAUAUAGGCCACCCCAGCAAGGCCCACCACAGCAGUACUCAGGCCAGGAAGACUAUUAUGGGGACCAAUACAGUCAUGGUGGACAAGGUCCUCCAGAAGGCAUGAACCAGCAAUAUUACCCUGAUGGUCAUAAUGAUUACGGUUAUCAGCAACCGUCGUAUCCUGAACAAGGCUACGAUAGGCCUUAUGAGGAUUCCUCACAACAUUACUACGAAGGAGGAAACUCCCAGUAUGGUCAGCAGCAAGAUGCAUAUCAAGGACCACCGCAACAGCAGGGCUAUCCACCACAACAGCAGCAAUACCCAGGCCAACAAGGCUACCCAGGACAGCAGCAGGGUUAUGGCCCUUCCCAGAGUGGCCCGGGACCCCAGUAUCCCAAUUACCCACAAGGACAGGGCCAGCAGUAUGGGGGAUACAGGCCCACGCAGCCUGGGCCCCCACAGCCACCACAGCAGAGGCCUUACGGAUAUGACCAGGGUCAGUACGGAAAUUAUCAACAGUGAAAAAGUAUUCACAUUCCGGUAGGCAUCACCUUUUAGCAGCCAUAUUGUUUCCUCAGCACUGUGGACAUCUUCCUGAGAUGAGAACUUCCCAAUCCAUCUAGUUUUUGGAAAAAUCGUGUGGAUAAAUGGCUGUCUCAUGGUAUGCAGUCUUCAUGGGUUAAUUGCAAAAGACUGUAGUUCCUCAGAAACUGAUUUCCCAUCUCUACUCUAGAUGGCAAUAUUGGACAGAAAAUAUGUGACAUAACAAUUUGCAGUGAGCUGAGAACUGUGUCUCAAAUAGACUGUUACAGACGGAAAGGUGCGAACAGCUUUGUAUGUUUAUGAAGGUUAUGGGGAAUUUAAUAUUUUUUCCACAGAUUUUUUUUGUAGGGGGAAAGGGGAAAUGCACACUUUUUACAACAGCAAUAUUUUGUAUAUUAUGUUUUUCAUGUGGUGAAUAUGCAAGACAGUACACUACUCGCUGGGCAGGAUAGGAAAUCUGCUGUUAAAAUGGGUAGGGGCAUGAGGAAAGCUUGAUUGUGCAAGUCCUCGAAAUGGUGUACAGUAAAGAUAACAGUGGAGAAAAAGACAAAGAGCAUCAUACAUCACUGAUAGGUCCAUGUACAAAGAAAAAGAGUCCCAGUUAUCUAAAUGGGAGCAUAAUUAAGGACAGUAUAAUAUAGUCUUGUGCAAAGAUUAAUUUUUUAAGCGUUACAUUUUUUCUGAGUGAAGCAUUUUUGUAAAAAAAAAAAAUAAAAAAUAAAAUGUUUCUAAUAUAGUUUGACAUUUUCCUGCAACAUUUUUGGGGUAACAAGAUAUUUGGGUUGUAUCUCUUGCCUAUGUUUUGUCACAGCUUCACAGCAAGCAAGUUGUAAUUGCCUCCUAAUAAUUGCAAUAACACAGAAAAUGACAGGGGUGAGUUUUACUUGGCUUAAAUGUGCAAAGAACUCCGAAAAGAUUAUCGAGAACAAGACUCUGUUAUGUAAGUGUAUUUUAACCUUUAGCUGAAUAAUUUGUAUGUAUCAAAAUAGCCUAGAAGAUUUUGUAAAACCUAUCUAAGCUMUCCUAACUGGGAGUUAAUAUCUUUAGAGAGGGGGCAUUUUGUGUGUGGUGUCCAUUUCUMCUACUGGUUAGUAUGAGACCAAGGGAUGUUUUUGAACAUCACACCUAAGACCUGUUGGWGAGAUAAAUGCCAAAUUUUAUUUUGAACUGCAUUAUUGCUUAUAGUGUUGCAUGUGAGAUAGACGCAGCACCUUGAUCAGUAGCAUAGUAAACAAAAAUUGGGUUUGAGACUGUCCUGCAACUGCAUAUUAGAUAAAUGAAGGGAUAUUCUGUUGUGCAGGGAUAGAUGCAUACAAGAAUUCCUGGCAAUUUUUAUAAAGGAUGCAACUUAAAAUUAGCCCA